UAUGGUAUGUGUCCAUUGUUUUUCUACAAUGUUAUUUUUCUGACUGCUGCUGGUGGACGAAAAUUUUAUCUCGCUGCGUCGAGUGUGGGUUUGUGCUAGUGUUCGUGUUCGAUACAGUGAUUUAUUUGAAAUAGAUCACGAAGAUGUCGUCACCGAGCGCUGGGAAACGUCGGAUGGACACGGACGUCAUAAAACUUAUCGAAAGUAAACAUGAGGUAACGAUACUCGGGGGUCUGAACGAGUUCUGCGUGAAAUUCUUCGGACCUCCUGGCACUCCGUACGAAGGUGGCGUGUGGCGCGUUCGCGUGCACUUGCCCGACCACUACCCUUUCAAGUCACCGUCCAUCGGCUUUAUGAACAAAGUCUACCACCCCAACAUCGAUGAAGUUUCCGGCACUGUAUGUCUGGAUGUCAUCAACCAAGCUUGGACAGCUCUUUACGAUUUAUCGAAUAUAUUCGAGUCGUUCCUACCGCAGCUACUGACGUAUCCGAACCCCAUCGAUCCUCUGAAUGGUGACGCAGCCGCCAUGUACCUCCAUAAACCAGAGGAGUACAAAAAGAAGGUCUCGGACUACGUGCGGCGCUUCGCGACGGAGGAGGCGCUGCUGGAGAAGGACGCCAUCACGGGCGCGGGCGCGGGCGCGCGCGCCAACGGCGCCGCGUCCGACACCGAGUCGUCCAUGUCGGAGUUCAGCGACGACGAGGCGCACGACAUGGAGUUAUAACGAACUGUGCCGCGAGGUGCGUGUCGCGUGGCGUGCUAGGUGACCAUCCGCCGAUUGCAUUUCGUUCGCUGCAUCGAAAUGGACUCGAUCGAUAGUUGUUUUUUUCUCAGCGUCUGUGUUGCUUGCGACGGGGGGGCGCCCUGGAAUCUUUUGUCGUAUCUCGGUCGUUUCGGACGUGAUCGCGUGUCGAAUGCCAAAUUAUCAGGUAGUUUUUUCGGUCAAGAUCGUUUCUCCUCUAUAUGUGGUUGUGCGUAGUGUCUCGGUUUCUCGUGAUCGAUGUCGAUGAAGCUCAGAGUCGAGAUCCGUCUGUUGAAUGUUUGUAACUUUGAACUUUGUGUGGAAAUUUUAAAGUCUCAAAUUGAAAUCUAUAUACAUAUUGUGAAGUAAUCUGUGAUUAACGAAAUAUCCUUUCAAUUGUAACGGGGCGCCCGAUGUAAAAGGUUGUUUUACUACCUCAAACAGUAUAAUUUAAAAAAAAAAAGAAACUUAAAAGGAGACAAUGUUUUCUUAAUAUCGUCUUUUUAUAAACCUUGGACAUAUCUUUAGAAAUGAGUUUAUCGAUUGUAUUCAUUUUUACCUUCUGACAUUAGACCGAUAAGUUUUAAAACUAAAUUUUAGUUGUAAUUGAAUAUUGAUUAACGAGGUAGUAAUAUAAUCUAUGGUUAAAAAAAAAACAACACGUCACAGCAAGUAUCCAAUCGUACAGUGUGAAGCCAGUUAUAUAUUAUAUAGUCUGUGUAAUGUGUCCGCUGUCAAGUCGUUAAUUUUCAUUAUUUGUAUAAUGUAUGGACCACAAUAUGCCAAUUUUAGGAUUCUAGAUCGAAAACUGCUCAGAAAGAUGACAUCGGACACAAAAGCGCUUUAAAUUCUUCAAUAUAAAUGUAAUUUGUAUUCUGAAAUUGGUGUGUCAGAAAAGUUUACUCGAUGAAAUUGUUUAUGGCUUGUCUAUGAAUUCAGACGCAAGUCAUUAUCCGAGAAUAGACAAAAAAAAUAAUGUUAAUCAAACCACCCUCCGUAAUGCAACAUUUUACCCGACUAUUAUUUAAUUAUUAUAUAAAAAAAAAUUAAAACUAAUCAUAAUUUGAUACUUUCAUGUUUAGAUUUUUGAUAAAUAACAAUAAUUUAACUAACUUUAGAUAAGAUUUUUUGAUUAUAUUAUGUAAUAAGCGAUACUUACACUUCAUAUUAAUCGAAUAUACAAUGGAUGUCUUAAUAAUUAUUGUUAGUUCAAAAGGUCGUAUGUUGAUGUUUUUUAAUCUAUGAUUGUGAUCUUUUAAAAGUAUCAUCUGACAUUGGUUACCAAAAGGAAUUGUGGAUAUUACAUUAAAGGUACAAGGGACAUAGCAUCUUAGCUCCCAAGGCAUUGGUGUUGUAAGGAAUGGUUAAUUUUUCUUACAGCAUCAUUGUCUAUGAACGGUGGUCCCCACUUACUAUCAGGCCUACUUGCCCAUCCGCUCAGUGGCUAAAAUAGAAACAUUUUUAGUUGAUUGAUCGAUUGAUCAGUUAUACACUGAUAUGUCUCUUUUCCAAUUUGACAUUCAAAAGAAGUCUAACCAAAAUUUAAUGGUUUACCUUAAGCCGUAAUUUCUUGGUAAUAAAUUUUCUAACCUCACAUUUACAUAAGAUUUUUUGAACUCGCAGUAACAAUAUGACAAUACUUUAAUUUUCAUAUUACUCGGUUAAAUUAAGAAGUCUUACCAAUGUUUUAUUUCUAAUGAAACAUUGUGAAUCAUUUGAUUUAGAGAUAUUGUAUAAAUUACAAAAUUAUUAAUGUUAUAACUAUUAAAUAUCCGUCUUUAUAUAUAAGAAUAUAUUAAAUGUUUAAACAUAGUCGGGUUUGUCUUGUUUGUCGACUUGGUUGAUGACGUGUGUCUUGUAAGUUACGCUUAGUAUUAGCGUUAAUAUGUUAAGAAAGGUGUUCAAAUUGAUGUUAUUAUCGAUUCGAGUAGUUCGAAAUGGGUUCGAGAGGAAUACGAUCGAAAAUUUUUAGUAGGGUCUGUGUAAUAGGAAUACAUUUAUAAUCUGUGUAAUUCGAGAAUGUGCAUUGUCUAUGCUUCAGAGCUAUGGUCUCUAUAAUUCCUGAUUAAGAAACUAAAUGCUUAUUAUAAAUAACUUCUCGAAUUUUAAGAUAACAAUUAUUGCUAAUGAAAUAUUUUACACUAUUUAACAUUAUACUGGCAGCACGACGGAUGUGAGUGAGCAUGGUAGAUUUUUGUAAAUAUCUUUUUAAUCUGUCCCCAUAGCAUAAACCAACUUAAAUCGAAAAGCCCGUUGUCGGACUAAAGUCAUCACUUUAUAUCUCAUAGGUAUUUAAUAAUUUUUUUUAUUAUAGUGUUAAUUUUUAAAUAAACGUGUCAAUGUCUAUAUUCUCUGUCCGUCUCCCUCACACGUGACUACCAUAGUGUAGUUUAUUUUUCGAAUGGCAACACUUUGAGAUUUGACAGUGACAGUUAUGUCUACAGUCUACUGAUAUUCAUCUCGUACUGUGAUCCGAUAUCCUUUCAUCAAUAAAGGAAUAUUUUCGUAAAUUUGUCAAUAUAGAGGUUGAGAAAUACAAUUGUUAAUGGUUCUUAGUGUAAUUUUUGUUUUAAUAGUACUCUGCUUUAGCACAAUUUAUAUUCAAUUUUCAAUGUUGCCUUUUAUAUUGUUUGCAAAAAAUAUCAAUUUUUGUUUAAACACCACGCCAACAGAUGCUAAAUCAAAAACAGUUGUUUUUUUUUCUUUAAAAUAUUGUACAAAUUACUUUUUUCCGCAGCAAAAUAUGUACUAGCUACAUCACUACGUAUCGUUCUGUGUGAUACCUCUUGUAUGAAAAAUUGAAGAUAAUGUUUUUAAUUUGAAAGUAAUGAAGAAAUCUGUAACUGAAAUACAAUAUUAUACAAAGUGAAACUGGUUAUAGCUUAAACUGAAAGCGAUUGCAAAUUCUUUGUUUUUUGUAUUACGCUCGCUUGUUCGCACAGGUGUGGCCGUAACUUAAGAUAAUAUCGCUUUCGCUUUUCACUCGGUCACGGUCUUAUAGAAGGCGAUGUUUGAUGAUAUAUUUUUCUAGCGCAUAUAUUUGCCGGCUUUACCAAAUACUUAGCAUUUUUUUCUUUUUUUUUUUUAUGUUUGAUGACUCGUUAGGCAACAACGCUUUUUGUCCUGCCGAUGAGUUUUGGACAUGUUUGUAAUGUUCUUUUUGAUUUCGUAUUUUAUCGAAUCAACUUAAAAUAAUCUUCUUCGCUGAUAAAUAUUUCGAUUUAAAUUAAUUCUGUGGUCUGGUGCUAGAAAGGUCAAAGGUUUUUGAUUGAAACGUUAACCAUCUUUUGCCAUUUCAUAUCAUAUAAUUUAAUUAUUUUUUUUACUAAUAUGGCAUAAGCUUAACACCACUAAUACCAACAAUAUUACACAAAAAGGCAUAUGUUAUAUAGAACAGCCAACUUCUGUUCACUGUUUCUAUACUGAUUAUCAAAAUUAAAGGUUAUUGACAUUGGCCCUUUUAGCACUAAGCUAUAAUUAAUCGGAAUGAACUUUUAUGAGUUAUCUGUCAAGAAGAACAUUACAAAAACGAAUAUGACACAGAUCUCUAAAUAUGACAUUUUGCGAUCCUAAAAGUGUUGCAAUGGUCUUAAUAGGUAAGUCUAGGUUACGUAUAGAAUAUAACAUGAAAAAAAAAUUAUAUUAAUAAUAUAGACAUAUAUGUAUCUUCGAAAUGAUAACUCAAGCCAUAAUAAUAUAUUUUGGUAUAAGGAGAUAAAAAGUUAAAUUUCUUAGUUGUAUAGAAGUUGGGUUGAUGGAUGUCUUUUUUUUCUUCAUUUUAAAGUUUUUGGUAGAUACUUUCGAGCUUUCACGAAUCCACCCAGCUUUCGGGUUCGAUCCACAUUUAGAUUUCAUCGCCCUGGUAUUGAAGUAUUUGUAUGAAUUCGAGGCGAAGAUUUUCAAAUGGACUUCCAUUAAGACGUGUUUUACCUGUUGACUAUUUUGUUUUUUUUAUUGUUUAUAAACGUCAUUGUAAUGUCAGGAAUUUGAAAAAAGAACAUUUGAAAAUGUUGGCCGUAAUAGCAAGCAAUAGUGAAGCGAUUCAAUCAUUUUCGUUGGGAUUAUUUCAUCGAUACACGUCGCGUCACUACUGUUCCUUGUCACUGAUCCAUGUUAAACUAAUGUUAGCGUACCAAAUUAAUUUGAUCGGAUAAGAAUUUCUAUGGCCGCAGAUGUGAAAUCAGUUAUACGUGUAACAAUAAAAGUUUAUAGUAUAUUUUUAUUUCAUUACAUGUAAUAAACUUACGUUAUUUUGAAACUA